UUGCUUUCUCCUAAGUUCACAUCUUAGAGGUUGAUAUUCCUGAGUAGUUGUUGAAGUAUUAAAAUUCCAUCUCAGGCAUCCCAGCCUAGCUAUGGCUAGGCACCACACAUAAGGGAAUUUGGGUGGUCAGUCUGGUGCAGUCAAUGAACAGAUCUGUGACACUGUGUGGUGAGGGCUGGUGGUCUGGCAGGAUGGGACUCCUCUGAGCCCCUGCAAGAGCCAGCCACUCUUUGGAUUUCUUGGUGUAGAUCUGCCCUGAUCGGUACAGACACAACCCUGACCCCUGCUGUUUCUCCUGAUAAAUGUCACCCCACAUAAGACAAAGCUAAUAUCAGAGACCCCGGGAGAAAUCCUAAGCUUUCAGAGGAAAUCCAUCCCUUUCUCCUACCUUAAUAGGUUGUCCUUUAUACAUGCAAUGAUGUUACUGUCCCUCAGGAAAGCAAAAGCAGUCUUCUUUUUUGUUUGUUUUUUUUGAAACUGGGUAUCAUUCUCGCCCGGGCUGGAGUGCAGUGGCACGAUCAUAGCUCACUGCUGCCUCAAACUGGGCUCAAGCAAUCCUCCUGCCUCAGCCUCCUGUGUAGCUGGGACUACAGGGGUGCAUCACCACACCUGGGUAAUUUUUAAGUUUUUUUUUUUUUAAUAUAGACACAGGGUCUCUCUAUGUUGACCAGGCUGGUCUUGAACCCGUGGCCUCAAGCCAUCCUCGCACCAUGGCCACCCAAAAGUGCUGGGAUUUCAGGCGUUAGCCACCGGCACCAGGCUGCAGUCUCCUUUUGGAUGUGUUUUUUCACAAGUCUAAAGAGUUUGCUGAAUCAUUUGUGAGCUAAAUGAUUAUUAGCACAGUCACCUCUCCAUCUGAUCUGUGAAACUGAGUUUAUAGUUUUUUGAGUCUAUACUCUUGAGCUACAAUCCCUAGAGGCCUUGGCCUGCUGAAAUGUGAGGAAUUCACUAGUGUUUCUCUACAGAGUUAGUGCUAAAAGGGCCUUAAGUAGGAAAACCUCCUCCUGCUCCCUGAAAUAAAGAUGUCACCUACCAGUAAUUCACACUUUAUUUCUCCAGUAAAAUGCAUAUCCCCUGAGCCAUGUGAUGGCUAGAACUGAGCUAGAACCCAGGAGCUGUCUAAGAGAUGGGUUCUGGGCAAGAUUAAAGGGAACAGGUCACAGUGGCCAAACAGUGAGGUCACAGAGAGGUUUGUUAGCCCCAGACUCCAUGGGGGAGGGGCCUAAGAGGCAGAGGGGCCCCAGAGGUCCCCCAAGCCUAGGCGGGGGAGAUGGUGUGGGAAAGCCAGCAGGAACAGGGGGCCAAGGGCCUAGGAGACAGGAGGGCAGGAGCAAGGAGGGGGCAAUCAGGAUGGUCAGGAGAAGCCAGAGACGGAAGCUGCAAAAAUUCACCAGGCUGUGUGGACGGGAGGAGGGGCUCCGGGUGAAGAGAAGCUGCCCUUCUUGUGGCUCGGAGCUUGGGGUUGAAGAGAAGAGGGGGAAAGGGAAUCCGAUUUCCAUCCAGUUGUUCCCCCCAGAGCUGGUGGAGCAUAUCAUCUCAUUCCUCCCAGUCAGAGACCUUGUUGCCCUUGGCCAGACCUGCCGCUACUUCCACGAAGUGUGCGAUGGGGAAGGCGUGUGGAGACGCAUCUGUCGCAGACUCAGUCCACGCCUCCGAGAUCAGGGUUCUGGAGUCCGGCCCUGGAAGAGAGCUGCCAUUCUGAACUACACGAAGGGCCUGUAUUUCCAGGCAUUUGGAGGCCGCCGUCGAUGUCUCAGCAAGAGCGUGGCCCCCUUGCUAGCCCACGGCUACCGCCGCUUCUUGCCCACCAAGGAUCAUGUCUUCAUUCUUGACUACGUGGGGACCCUCUUCUUCCUCAAAAAUGCCCUGGUCUCCACCCUUGGCCAGAUGCAGUGGAAGCGGGCCUGUCGCUAUGUUGUGUUGUGUCGUGGAGCCAAGGAUUUUGCCUCGGACCCAAGGUGUGACACAGUUUACCGUAAAUACCUCUACGUCUUGGCCACUCGGGAGCAGCAGGAAGUGGUGGGUACCACCAGCAGCCGGGCCUGUGACUGUGUUGAGGUCUAUCUGCAGUCUAGUGGGCAGCGAGUCUUCAAGAUGACAUUCCACCAUUCCAUGGCCUUCAAGCAGAUCGUGCUGGUUGGUCAGGAGACCCAGCGGGCUCUACUGCUCCUCACAGAGGAAGGAAAGAUCUACUCUUUGGUAGUGAAUGAGACCCAGCUUGACCAGCCACGCUCCUACACGGUUCAGCUGGCGCUGAGGAAGGUGUCCCACUACCUGCCUCACCUGCGCGUGGCCUGCAUGACUUCCAACCAGAGCAGCACCCUCUAUGUCACGGACCAGGGGGGAGUGUAUUUUGAGGUGCAUACCCCAGGGGUGUAUCGCGAUCUCUUUGGGACCCUUCAAGCCUUUGACCCCCUGGACCAGCAGAUGCCGCUUGCUCUCUCAAUGCCUGCCAAGAUCCUACUCUGUGCUCUUGGCUACAACCACCUUGGCCUGGUGGAUGAAUUUGGCCGAAUCUUCAUGCAAGGAAAUAACAGAUACGGGCAGCUAGGAACAGGGGACAAAAUGGACCGAGGGGAACCCACACAGGUUCGUUACCUGCAGCGGCCCAUCACUCUGUGGUGCGGCCUCAACCACUCCCUGGUGCUGAGCCAGAGCUCAGAGUUCAGCAAGGAGCUGCUGGGCUGCGGCUGUGGGGCUGGGGGCCGCCUCCCAGGCUGGCCCAAGGGAAGUGCCUCUUUCGUCAAGCUCCAAGUCAAGGUCAGAGCGGGGUCAGGGGGGUGGGCACCCAGGGAGGAUGAGAGCCAUGAACCAGGAAGCCCACAGGCUGUAGCUGGGGCUCCUGCAGGGACCCAGGGGGUCCCAUUUCCCUAGCACCACCCCACCUCCCUCCUCUGCCGCACACCACGCUUUCUGCUCUCUCCCUUAGCAGACUGUGCUGGCCUUGCCCAACCUCACACACCCUUGGGACUUAGCGGGCUCAGGGCUGGUGUGAGAGGGAAGAAUGCAAUAGGCAGAUUGGCCCGGGCUCCCUGGGAAACCCUGCAAGGAAAGCACCACUCAGCCAUGCCCCUUUCUCUCCUCCUCCAAGGUCCCUCUGUGUGCCUGCGCCCUCUGUGCCACCAGGGAGUGCCUGUACAUCCUGUCCAGCCACGACAUCGAGCAGCACGCCCCCUAUCGCGACCUGCCGGCCAGCAGGGUGGUGGGGACUCCCGAGCCCAGCCUGGGGGCCAGAGCGCCCCAGGACCCCGGGGGGACAGCCCAGGCCUGCGAGGAGUACCUCAGCCAGAUCCACAGUUGCCACACGUUGCAGGACCGCAUGGAGAAGAUGAAGGAGAUCGUAGGGUGGAUGCCCCUGAUGGCCGCACAGAAGGACUUCUUCUGGGAGGCCCUGGACAUGCUGCAGAGCGCUGAGGGAGGCGGGGGUGGUGUAGGGCCCCCAGCCCCUGAGACCUAAUCCCCCUCAUGCUAGCCUAGUCCCUGGAGGGAGUCCGGCCCCAGGCCAGGGACUAAGGAGCAAUGACCAUUGUGCGCAUGCGUGUGGGAAGGGGUUGCUAGGGGGUGGGGACCGCUAACCAGGGUAAGGCAGGGAAUUAUUUUGUAAAAUGUUCAGGGGGCUGCCCAGGAGGGGCCCCCAACCUGACUAUCAUGGACAAGAGAUUUGAUGGAUAGAAUAAAAGGCUGCAGCGAG